AUGAGAGAUAUUGAACUCCGCCAAUGUAAACCAACUUACCCUUCGUCCCCUCCACCAAGCCCUGGGGUCGCUCCUUCAUCCCCACAAUACACACCCCCUCUAUCCUGGACUCCAAGCCCGCCACCCAACUCCCCUAGAACCCCAUCUCCCUCUCCCUUUGACCCCCGGCAAUUAAGACGUCGACAACCUCCACCCUCUAACGGUGGAGCAAGUUCUGACACCACCGGCAGCCCCGACCCUGCCAAUCCCACAUUUCCACCUACCUCAUCCACCGGGGAGCCCACCCCUCCGUCCAAUAACCCCAACAACACAGUGCCUCCGCCCACCUCUUUUGACCUGCAAUACUCUCGACGCCUAUUUCACGAUGUCACUCCCUUACGGGAUCCCCCGGCAGACACCCCUCAUACUCCUGACCAAGCUCAAGAUCCAAGAAACAACCAAGUUCAGGAUCCAGGAAACACCCCACCCGCUCUUCCCAACCCCCUCGGACUUCCGCCAACGACCUUUCAACAUCUUCAACCCUACCAGGGGAUCAAGUGGAAAAACUCCCCUUGA